UAGUAUUGGUCACGUCCUGGAUGGUUUGGCCCAAUCACCUCUCUCUCUCCAAGCUAGUGCCGAUUGAGAGAUAAAGAGUUUACCUGAGGGUAGGGCAACGAGAGAAAGAUGGCUUUGUUUUGCCAGGCAAGGGGAAUCCAUGGCGCCAGCAUGAGUGUGUCUUGCGGCAGCAGGGAAUGGCGAAGGCCACAGAGUGUGGUGUGUGUCAAGAAGAAGGAGGAGAGUAGCGUGGUGUGGGAGGGGGCGGAGAGUGAGAUUGAGCUGGACAAGUCGGACCUGUUGCAGCUCAAAUUCAGCCGGUUGCUGGGGGAGUCGCGGGAGACGAGCAUUGCAAAGGUGGUGGCCAAGAAACUCAAUCCCCACCUCAACAAUCUGGAGAUCCACAAGCUGGUGAAGAAGAGGGGCGCGGAUGCUCUGAUGCGCCUCGUCUCCGAUUCCUGGAUGCAACGAGCUGCUGCCGCCACGGAGCCACCGGAACCCAAGCCUGUGAAUCCUCCUCCAGGAAUCGCUGCUCUCGCCCGCGCUCAAGCUCCAGAAUUCGAAAACGGUGGCCUCAUCGCUCUCGCACCCAAGCCGCCCAAGCCAGCAAUCGGACCAUCGGAGGAGGAGGAUGGUGGAACGCUGGAUGCGGCUGUCAACCCCGAGUGGAUGGACACCGACAUCUCCAUGGAGAAGUUCGUCAAGCUGCUGAACGAGCGCGAGCUGGACGUGAUGAAAAAGGAAGAUGGGAUGAAUGCGCGGCGAGCGGACAAGAAGCCGGCCAAGAAAUUCGAUCGUCGGCCUCGCAGCAGUGACGUGAUUGGGCGGAGGCGCAGGGCCAAGUCGCGGCAGAUGCCCUUCUCCACCUCCGCUAACGCGAACAGGAAGCUCACCAAGAACAAGGGGAAACCAGCCAAGUAAAUGUAGGGUUCAUAGGUAGGGCUUCUUGUCACUCUCCUCCACUGGUGGAAAAAUAGGAAGAUUUCUAUGGUUCAUGCCUGGCUAUGGCCGAAUCCGUCGUCGGCCUUGGCCCUGGGAUGCAUUCCUCCUCCUCCACAGCAGCAGGCAUUGGGUCGCGGGCGGAGGGCUGGGAUUUGGAUUGCCGCUGCCAAGAGGCAGCAGUGGGAGGACGUCUGGGAGCCCAGACAAGUGACGCUCGACAAGGCGGAUCUCAUGCAGCUGGAAAUGCGUCGCAUGCUCGGAGACUCUCGCGACCUCAGCAUUGCAAAGGUGGUGGCCAAGAAGCUCAAUCCAUCCGCCACUAAUCUCGAGGUGGAGAAGAUUGUCAAGCAGAAAGGUGUCAAGACGUUCCUCAGCCUGGUUGUCAAGGAGUCGGAUUUGGACGAGGAUCGAGAAGCAGCGAUUCAACGUAAGGAUGAAGCCAUGGACAAGUCCAGAAGCGAAGCGCCGCCGCCGGUCAUGCUCUCGCCAAGGCCUUCGUUUGGUGAUGGAGCUGCUUCUCCUCCACCUCGUCGUCAAGCUGGAGGUUUUGAGUUUGAGUGGCCCCGGGAAGCAGACGAGCUACGAAAGAAUUUGGAGGACGACUAUCGGGAUUUCUCCAGGCCCGAUAUCAUCCAGCUCUCUCCGAAGCCUAGAGGUGGUUCUUCGACGACACCACGCGUUGGUAAGCCUUUGGUUCCCAGGCUUCCAUCAUCGGAUGCUCAAAGGACGUCUCCUGGAAAAGCUGAAGCCCCGGAAAAGCCCGCUCCUGAGCUUCAUUCAAGACCCUCGAGGGGUGGCGGAGCUAAGGACAUGUUUCCAGUCGCAGGUAUAACACCACAGCAGGCGCCUCCACCUCCAAAAAAGCUGCCUGUUCCCAGUCUCAGCUCCAGGCCUGCAAUCCCGCAGCCAACUCCACCAUCACAUCAGCAAGAACAUACACCGGCAAAUGCCGUGCAAGAAAAACCAGACUUACACGUGCCUGAGCUCACGCUGAGACCUACAAUGCGGCUCCCAACUCCACCUGCAGAACCCGAACAGGAGUCCAAAGCUCCACCACAAACGAUUGCGAUGCAAGUUCCAAGCCUCACCUCAAGACCUGAAAUGCCGGCUCCUACUAGUAAAGCCGAACACGAAGCCCAACAGCAGAUGGGACCGGACUUAACAGGAGUGCCGAUACCAGAGAUGACUCCACCAGCAACGAUCCAAGAAGUAGAAGAUCUCGUAAAACUCGAGAAAGAACCAGACUUAACCGUUUCAGGUCUUGCUCCCAGGCCUGAGGUCCGGUCUUCAAAACUGGAGACGAAAGAACACUCGGAUAACCCGACUCCAACCAGACAAGACAAGGAGUUACGAACUCCAAGUCUCACUUCGAGACCUGCGCUUCGGCCGUUAACACCACCUGCAGCAGAUGAGUUUUCAGCUGGAGAACGGCCUACAAGUGGACAAGAAAUACCUGUGCCUAGCUUGAGUGCCAAGCCUGCCGUGCCAGUGUCCGAAAAAUCCGAGGCGGCGGACAGUUUUGGAGAAGGGAAGGCGAUUCCCGGUGGUGUUGACAGUGGAAAUGGUUCCGCCGCUCAUCUAGAAAGUUCAUCUCCUCAACCAGCCAAGGUAGACCUGGAUGCUGUGCAAGCAAAGAAGCCUGCACCACGUCUUGUGCAAGAAACUGUGGCGGAAACUCCUGAUCAACAGGAAGAAAUAGACAAGGACUGGGCGCUAGCAGAGGUUGCUCUGGAUACAAGGGCAAUUCAAGACGUGUUGUUUAUUGGGAGCAAUGCGGGUGGAAUGAUCGUGCGAUUUGGUCACUUGAACGGUUUUGUUCCGGGAAAGGACUUGCUCGAGAGCCGAGGACUGAAAACUUUCAGGGCCUGGGCUAGAGAAAGGGGCCAUGAUGCCAAUCACACGAGCAUUUUGGACUCAUCUAGCUCGUCAGAGUCGACGUUUGCCGUGUCCAAGAUGAGCAACCAAGGCCUAACCGGCGAAGUUGAAAGUCAUUUGCUACAUCCAGCUUGCGACUCUGAUCUAGACAGGGUUUACAGGGAGGAAAGGCUCUCCUUCCUUUCAUCUUUAGUUGGCCAGAGAGCAAAGGUUACUGUGACGUAUGUGGAUAAAGCGAAGAAAAAGCUUGUUUUCUCCGAAAGGAAGGCCGCCCUCGAAGAUCCAGAGGUUACUCAGAGACGAGCUGAUUUGAUGGCAAAACUGAAGACUGGAGAUAUCGUGAAGGGAAGAGUCAGAAACAUCUCCCUCUUUGGUGUUUUUGUAGAGCUGGUUGAAGGUGUUAGCGGGCUGAUGCACUUCUCAGAGCUUUCGUGGACGCCUGUUCCUGAUCCGGCAAAGUUCGUAAACGUUGGCCAGGAAAUCGAGACAGCGGUACACAAACUCGAUUACGAUCGACAGCGUAUAUAUCUUUCUCUGAAGAGGAUGUCUCCAGACCCGUUGUUAGAGACCGUGGAAAGCAUGCUGGCCCGACAAGAAGACGUGAAUUCAAAUUCUGCAACUGAUCCACAAAUCCUCAGCAUUCCGGAGUUGGAGGCACUGCUUAAAAGGCUAGAAUCGCGACAGGAGAUCCAGGAAAUAGUGAAAGGGCGACGCGUGCAUAGUGCAUCAGUCGUUCCGACUUUUCAGGUGUACCUGUCUUCGGCGCAGCAUGACGAAGCGUACAAGUUACUUGCUCGCUCUGGCAACGAAGUCCAGGAGGUGCUGCUUCGCACAAGUCUGGAGCGAAGCACGCUCAAAUCCAUCAUAUCGGAGUAUACAACCAGUGUCCAGGAAGAAACAAUCUAGAUAACUAGGCUCCUAAGUGCGAGUUUUUCGUUUCUUCCAGUGAGGCAUGCUAGAUCGAAGCUCUUGCCUGGAACUCAUGCGUUCCUGUUGCUCCCUUCCAAAUGCAAGAAGGUUUCAUUCCCA